AUGGAAAGCUUCCGUGAAUGGUCAAAGCAUCAAAACUUAUAUUUCCUAAUCACGAGCGAAGCAAUAAGAACCCAACUUGAAAACGUCAUUUAUCAUUUUGGAAAUUGUACACUAUUAAUAAAACUGCUGGAAGGUUUUAGUUUGCAUAGAUACUUAGAAGCACAUUAUGUCAGAAGUCAAACAAAUCUGGACGAAGAAUAA